GCAUACUUUGUUCUAAAUUUUGAAUUUGAUAGGCACAUGCAAGGCAACCAAGAAGUUCCGUGCUCUUCAACAACAAGUUCAUCAAGUUCUAUACAACAGUCCUCAACCUGGACCAGCUGUUUUUGUUGCUCACUGUCUCUAUGUCUUGCCUAUUCUUGAAGAAUAUUCUGAAGGCUUCAGUCACUUAGUAAUAUCUGCUCUUCGUCGUUUUCUAAAAGUGGGAACUACCUCCGAAGACUUGCUUGAAGCAAAGUCUCUUGCAGCCCGGUUAUUUCUUUUUAUUGUUGGUGGCAGUAUAAUCCAUGAUGAGAGGGUUCUCAUAAAGAUGCUCGAAGUUUUUGAAAUCAGUAUGAUAAACAUUGAGAAUUCCAUGUGCAAUGCGGAACUGAACAGUAGUGGUAGUUUAGAAUUGGCUAGAACAUUUGUUGACAAAUACAUUUUCAAGUUGAUAGAAUCCGAGUCAUACAUGACAGCAGUCACUCUAUUGGAACAUUUCUCUAUCCGCCAGUCUGGAGAAUCCUUCCUAAUGAAAAUAAUGCAAAACAAAGACUACAGAGCAGCGGAUAAAUGGGCAACAUUUAUGGGGAAGCCAAUGUUGUGUGUACUUGUUCAGGAAUACUCUGAGAGGAAGCUGCCAAAGCAUGCUUAUGAUAUUAUAAAGAAAAACAAUCUUCGAAAAGAAUUUCCAGAAAUAUAUCAUAAGUGUAAAGAAAGCUCACUGAAGAAACUAGCAGAAAAAGGAUGCUGGGACGUUGCUGAAGCAAAGACGAAUGGUGAUAAACAAUUUCUUGAGUAUUUGGUUUAUUUGGCAAUGGAAGCUGGCUACCCUGAGAAGGUUGACGAACUUUGUGAUCGAUACUCCCUCGAAGGUUUCAUAAAUUUCAAAGGUUUUUGCUAUCUGUUCUUUUUCCAUUAGUCAUCAUGCAUAUAACUUACUGGGUAUGCAAAACUGAGUUUAUUAAACAUGCAAAUAAGAUAAAUCUUAACCUUUAUGUCAUUGGAUUUAAAAAAAAAAACUUAAUGUACGACAUAUCUUUCUGUACUAGUAUUUACUGUGUUUCAAUUAAUUGUCAAGCCCUACAAACUUGUUUACGAGUGAGAAGCAGUGUUGCAACAUUUUGAACUCUGAACUACAACAAUGUUUGUUCACUAUUUUUUUAUUUUUUAUGUUUUUGUUCGUAAAUGGAUACAAAAAUUCUCAAUUUGAAUCUCUAUUGAGAUUCCCCAAUAUAUUAACUAAAAAGCUGUUUGAAACAAGCCUUUUAAAACUUUUGUUUCAUUUUUUUUAUUUAUUUCUGUUAAUUGCUUUUAUAGAAUGAGGUGAUCUUUUAAUUUAUAUUGGGAAUGAUGGAAUUGAUUCUUAUAUGUCAAUGGUA